UCAUUUCCUUAAGAAAAUAAUAAAAUAAAAUGGGAAUACGAUUUGAAGUUAUUUAUGAUAAUAACCCUUUGGGAAUAUAUUAUGCUGGUCAAAUAGUAAGAGGUCGAGCUAUAAUUCAUCUUAAAGAAAACAUUGCGGUAAAAGGAGUAAAAUUACGAAUGCGUGGCUAUGCAAAAGUAAGAUGGGACGAUAACGCUGUAUCUACGGAUCCAAAAAACAAAGCAGUUGUUGGAGAAUAUUAUCGAAGUGAUGAAGAGCGAUUCUUUGAAAACACAACAGAAUGCAUUCAUACCAAAGAUGACGUAACUGAUUUGGCAGCUGGAACGCACACAUAUACAUUUGAAUGUCAUUUGCCACCCUUGUGCCCUUCGACGUUUGAAGGCACAUACGGCCGAAUUCGUUACGACACGAAAAUUAUCAUAGAACGAUCCUUAAUGUUUAACAAAUCACACUCAAUGGAAUUCAAUGUUCUUCAAAUGUUAGAUCUUAACAGUCUUCCUAUCUUACGGAUACCAGCUAAAAUGGAAGUCAUGAAAUACUUUUGUUGCGGUCCCUGCAUAUCAAAGCCACUAAUCAUAAGUCUUGGCCUACCCCAAACUGGAUAUGUUUCAGGGGAAUUUAUUCAUUUUAUCAUAAAAGUUGUAAAUAGCAGCAGUACUAUGGUCAGGCAAGUACGAUUUGUGUUGAAUCUAAUCGCUUUAUAUUCGGAAAUAAGACGCAAAGAAACAUGGAGUGAAAAAAUUCCCAUAGCCAAGAAGGAUUUUGGUCCCUUCGAAGCAGAUGAUUUUGAAAUAAAAGAUACAAUGCGAGUUCCACCGACACCACCAACAAGUGAAGAACAUUGUAAAGUUAUAAAAAUCAGCUACGAAAUCGAAGUAACCGCUAGCUAUAAUGGCGCACACAAGUCAUCGGUGAUUUCAAUACCAAUCACAAUUGGAAAUGUUCCCUUUAUUGCUAAUUUGAAUGGGGUAUCUGAAGACACGUUAAUUGGAUUAUUAAAUAAUCGAAUAGCAACUGGACGUCAUUUUAAUCUGAAUUUUGAAAUGCCUUCACCUUCGUAUAAAAAGGCCUUGUAUGUUAAGACACUUAAGCCAACAAUUAAAAAGGAACCACUUUUUAUACCGAGAUAUCCUUUCUAUAAUUAUUAAUGUAUUGUUUGUACGUAUUUUUUAAUAAAUAUAAUAUUUAUGUGUACUGAAAAAUUGAAACUUAA